CUGAGCCACUGAGGAAGUGGCUCCAGAUGCUGGUUUCCAGAGUGUAGGCUGAAGAUAGCAGGUGACUCAAGGAGCCAUGAAAGGCAUCCAUCUGGUCCUGCUGGCCGUGCUGCUGUGCUCCCAGCAAGCCCUGAGCCUGCAGUGCUACAACUGCACUGAAGAAGAGGACGUCAGCAAGUGCCAGACCACCAUCUCAUGUGACUCCACACCGAGCAUCUGCUAUAAGGGCGGCAGGACCUUGACCAAGACCAGUGGGCAGGUAGUCAAGUUACAUUCUAAGGGUUGUGGCUCUUCCUGCGAUGACGUUUAUGACAUGAUGGAGCAGCUGGUGGAGAAGAUGGUUUCAGAGGACAGGUCUAAGUUAGAACUGUGGGCUCCGGACUGCUGUGGAAAGGACCUCUGCAACAGGGUGGCCCAGGUGGGGCGCAGCCUCUGGAUCCUGGCCGGGGGGCUCCUGCUCAGCCUGCGGCCUGCCCUCCUCUGGGCCCUGCUGUGAGGACCCUUGGAACCCAGACACCAAGGAGGAUCGCAGUUCCUGGUGGCCUGCACAACAGCUCCCACCUCAAGCUCGCUCACAUGCACACAUAUGUGUACACUCACACACCUCACACACGUGCACAUGCACACGUGUACACACAUGCACAUGCGGGCACACGUGUGCACAUACUUUCACGCACAUGCGCUCACACACAUGCACACAUUGCUCAGACCCGUGAGUUCUCACAAACAGGCUAUGCUUGGACUCCACCUCCUGCUACACCUGGGACCCAGAGGCCCAGGGAAGGAGGUGGGCAGCAUCCACCCUCGGGUGACCCACGGCCACUCCUGCCCUCCCACCUGGCCAGCCCCAGCCUCAGGUGCCCAGUGCCCUGCUAUGCCAACAGGUGUGUCACACUUUGCAAACACCAUCAAUCAACCACAGACUCAAGAUGCAGAGACUGCCGAGCCCCGGCUGGACAGGGGCUGCUAGGAGAGCGGAGCCCACAGCCCCUCCAGCGGGUCCUCUGCAGAGCGCCCACGGCAGUCAGUAGACAAUAAAUGCUCUUCAGCCCCUCCUGUUCUUCACAUGCCAUUCGGCCCCACGGUGGGGAGGUCGGGGGGAGUUCUGUGGGGGUCUCUGCCACCUGCCUCCGAGGAAGCCUCUCCUGCAGCCCGGUGCUCCCUCGGCCACGAGCUCUGAUGGCCAGGGGGCUAGGGGCAGGGGCAGAUCCUGGAGGGGCCAGCUUCGCACACCAGGGGGUGGCCCCCACUGCCCCCCAUGAAGCAUUUGCUCUGACGCACACUCCCUACUCUCUGAGCCCCUGCUGGGAGCCACACCAGGACCCUCCAUGGGGGGCAUCUGUCCAGGGCCCAUGUGGGGGCUGCACUGCCAGGACACCCUCAGCAGAGGUGGUGGUGGUGGCAGGGGAGGGGGCCUGGCUGCUUCCUUCCCUCCAUCAUCUCCAGCAUCUUUCACACUUUCUUCCCCUCUGAGCACCCGUCCCCUAGGGUGACCCUGAAGCUCAGGGGCUCCCUGACCCCACAGGACCCUGCUCCUCCCAGUGGGACUGUGGUGACCAGAGCUUUGUCUCCUCCCUAGGUCCCCCAGGCACAUCUUCCAGAGAGAAGCCCCUCCCUCCCUCAUUACAGCCGCCCUUGCCCGGGAACUCUGAGUGUGGCUCUGGGAAUCCCAUAGGGAUCGCUAUGGUGGGGUCGGCGGGGCCUCGGAGACCAGGGCUGGCCCUUCCCUUCACAGGUGGGGAAACUAAGGCACGGGGAGGAGUCAAGUGCCUGAGUCUCAUGCCCAUCUGGGGCAGAGACAAAGAGCCUGUGGUGCUGCCCCCGUAGGUCUGUCCAGCGGCUUGGGUGUGACUCCCGCACAUCCACCUCAUUUUCCCUCGUAGAGGCCACGUGAGCAGAGGGACCAAAGUCCCCUCCCGCCGGUCCCUUCACCACCUGAGCUGGAGAGAAGGGGCAACUCAGCCUCAACCCCCGAACAAGGGUGCUGGCUCCUUUCCAGGCUUUGGGACAGUCUGGGAGGGAGUGCAGGCCCUGGGCGGGGGACACAUCCGCCCCACAGGAUUGGGUCCUCCCGCCAGGCAGGGGCUGGGAGGCCUGGAAAUCUGGAAGCCUUUCCUCCAGCACCCCUCCUUCCUCCAUCUCCCUUGCCCCAACUCAGCCCCCGGCUGCCAGUGGGCCAUGACAUCUCCCACCCCACCCAGUGCAACGGGGGAAGGUCCGGGGGCGGCUGUGUAUCGGGGGUAGGUGGAGUUUCAUGGGCAGAGGGGUUUGAAGACUCCACGGAUACUGGGCCAGCCUUACAGGAGCCUGCACGGGCUCCCCCAGCCUGGUGGGCCAGUCCCCUGCCUCCUGACUUCACCAUCCUGUCCCCUGGGUGACCUCAGGUCACAGCCCACGCCCUCUGGCCUGCCCCUGUGGCUUCAGCUCAGGUCACAGAGUCCUCCAAUGUAAGGGUGCCAGAGGAAGGUUCUUGAGGCUGGGAUGUGGUGUGUGCGACAAAGUGAGCAAACCUACCUGUGGGUGAGGAGCUCUCGCGAGAGCCCCUGGUGGUCCCUGAGGAGGGGCAGCCAAGUCUGAGGGGCCUCCCAUGCCGGCAGACUCCUCGACCAGGAGGCUCCACGUCAUCCCUUGAGACUUUUACGAAAGGUGUUUCCAAAAGCCCUUCCCACAGGCCAAGCAGUGGAUUCCCCAAACCCCAAUUGUGGCCAGUGUCUGAAGUCUCCUGUGAGGAAGCCAGUCCAGGGAGGGUCUGUGCCUGGCCGAGGCCCUCCCCACAUGGACCCAGGGCCAGGUGACAUCCCAGAGCAGCCAUGGCCGUCUGCAGACCCGCGGUUUAGACCAGUGUUUUCAUCCAAGCUCAGGGCUCCUUCUGGCCCCGCACAUCCUAUUAACAGGGCACUUUGGUUUGUGGAAAUAAAAUAGCGUACUCCAA